GUUUUGCCUCAGUGUAUAUUGAGUUGUCGUGGAUUUGUAUCGUUCGGGGUUGCAAAUCGUAUUCGAAUAGAAAAUUCAAUGAAAAAUAGUGUAAAUCAUUAAAUAAAUAUAGCAGCGUCGAUACUUCCAGACUCUUAACAGAAAAAAAACACCUUACCUGCUUUAGAAAACCAGUAAAGUUGUUAGUGUUGUGUAGUAGCAAAAGUAGUUUGUCAAGUAUUUUCUACCUAUUAAAAAUGUUAAUAUUUCUCAAAUAUUUUGGGUAGCAAGUAGCAAUUAGAGCGGAUGAUCUCAUUUUAUAAAUUAAAUGUAUUUUUUUAAGCUGUGUCUGCUAUGUUUUCUAGUGUUACUGGUGCCUUGUGAUUACAUACAAUUAAAUAAUGUACAGUGACUCUGUGACAAACCGUUAAGGAUCUUUUGAGACCAGAAUUCCUUAAACUAUUAUAGCACCCCUGCUUGCGUUGUUCGAUAUCGUGGGGUGACGUACUUCAUACAGACGAUACUCUGGAAAUGGAUGAUUCGAUAGAACAGAUAUAAAUAUUUGCUACAGGGUGACGGUGCCAUGGCCUGGCAUGGGAAGUUUCGGCCCGGCCUACUAUUACUGUUAUUUUCAUUCGUUGUUAUAUCGGAGGCAACGGCGAAGGCAUUAGAGUACCGUUACGAGACGGCUUAUGCUUGCGAGGGGAAAAUCUUGAAAAUUGAAUGUAAGGAUGGCGAGUUAAUAAAGUUAAUCCGGGCGAAUUAUGGACGUUUCUCCAUUACCAUCUGCAACGACCACGGCAACACGGACUGGAGCGUGAAUUGCAUGUCGCCAAAGUCGCUGCGAGUCCUCCAUGGCAGGUGCACACAACAUCAAAACUGCAGUAUUCCGGCAAGUACAAGCAUGUUCGGCGACCCCUGUCCUGGUACUCACAAGUAUCUUGAAGCCCAUUACCAAUGUUUACCUGCUACUACGACAACGACCACGAGUCGGCCAAGUCCGCCAUGGUUGAUAACAUCGCAGCCGCCCAUGUGGAGCACGAUCAAGCCGCCCUCGGCCAGGCCGCCUCAUCUGCUGCCCCCUUCGAAAGUUUCAUUCACUCCGCCAUCGCCAGCCCCGGUUCCAGCGACUUCAACGGCAAAACCCUCGUCCACUGCCAGUCACUUUUCUCCGACACCGCCGCACCACCAACAGCGACCUAUAGACAUUGACUCCGAACAAGGUUAUCCAGAAGAAAUCACUACACUGCCGUAUACAACCGUUUCUCCCAAGGACGGAGAACCCGUGAAAGUAACGACACCUGAUACGAUAAUGCAGUCGUAUACGUACGAACCAAGCGUGUUACCUUCCGGUGGAAAAGACUCGGACAUUAUGCCAUACCACUGUAGUCCGACCGUAAUCCGCAGCAUCUACUGGAAUUGGACCAAAGCGAACUCUACGUCCAUCCAGCCUUGCCCGGGCGGCACUACGGGUUUCGCAAAGUGGCACUGCCAAGGGUUUUCAGAUUCCCGACUACCUCAAUGGUACCCUCCGAAUCCGGACUUGAGCGAAUGCCGCUCCGUGUGGCUGACGAGUUUGGAACAGCGAAUAAUCGCCGGAAGAGACCCGUUGGUCUCCAUAACGAACGACUUAGCUCAAGUAACUAGUAGUAAGAUUUUAUACGGCGGUGAUAUGAUGAUCACCGCCAAGAUCAUACAGAAAAUGACGGACAAAAUGAACAAAGAUAUCCAAACGGUCCCCGACACGCGGCAGCGAGAAGCUAUCGUGACUGAAAUGUUGAUGGGCGUCGCAGAGACCGGCAGCAAUCUCCUCGAUUCGUCACAGCACCCCUCUUGGAGGGAUCUUAGUUAUAAGGAACAAAUGAGCGUCGCAACAAAUCUACUCAUCGGACUGGAAGAGAACGCGUUUCUUCUAGCCGACACCGUUAUGAGCAAGAAAACUGUAGAUAAAGAAUUUAAGAAUAUAUUGCUUUCGGUGCGAAUCUUGGAUACGAAAUCGUUGAGCAGCGAGAAGUUCCCUUCGGACGACAUGAAGACGGAGUGGCACGCCAGCAACGAUUCCAUCGAACUGCCCAAGGGGGCGUUGUUGGAAAAUAGCGACGGGAACCUAGUGAGGUUGGUUUUCGUGGCUUUCGACCGGUUAGAAGAAAUUUUGCAGUGGCAGCCGGACGCUGCGGAGUCAGGCAACUCGAAUAAUGUAUCGAAAGUCUUAAAUAGCAAAGUAAUUUCUGCUAGUCUUGGUAAAGGCAGGCAUAUCCAGUUGAAGGAGCCUGUCAAACUCACUUUGAAACAUUUAAAGACUGAGAAUGUAAGCAAUCCGAGGUGUGUGUUUUGGGAUUACACAACCAACUCGUGGUCUGAGGAGGGCUGUCACGUCGAAACGUCACAUUCGAAUACGACUCAUACUGUUUGUUACUGUGAUCACUUGACGAAUUUUGCCAUACUGAUGGACGUCCAUGCCAUAUAUUUGCCAAUUCCGCACGAAAUUGCUCUUCAGAUCAUCACCUACAUCGGCUGUAUAGUAUCUAUUAUAUGCUUGAUAUUAGCCAUCAUCACAUUUCAAUUGUUUCACGGGCUCAAGAGCGAUCGAACGACAAUCCAUUGUAACUUAUGUGUUUGCCUUUUAAUCGCCGAGAUUAUUUUCCUUCUCGGUAUAGGCCAGACUGAUAACCGAAUAGUUUGUGGGGUAAUCGCCGGAUUUUUACAGUAUUUCUUCUUGUGUGCUUUUGUGUGGAUGUUCUUCGAAGGUUUUCAGUUGUACGUGAUGCUGAUUGAGGUGUUUGAAGCUGAGAAAUCUAGAGUCCGCUGGUAUUACUUCUUCGCAUACGGUCUUCCCUUCCUUAUUGUGUUCAUUUCCGCCACAAUUUAUCCACAAGGAUACGGGACGGAUAGACAUUGCUGGCUUCAAACUCAGAACUAUUUCAUUUACAGUUUCGUCGGUCCCGUUAUUGUAGUCAUAGCGCUGAAUCUUAUUUUCCUGACCAUGGCCAUAGUUAUGAUGUGUAGGCACGCUAGUAACUCUGUAUCCAUGAAGAACAAGGAACAUUCCCGACUCGCCAGUACCAGUGGAAAGGAGGAAAAUGCACUUCAAAUCAAAUUUCAAGCUCACUUGGCCUGGUUGAAAGGUGCUUUCGUCCUUGUGUUCCUUCUCGGUCUCACAUGGACCUUCGGUUUUCUGUAUCUCAACAAGGAGUCCGUGGCGAUGGCUUAUCUCUUCGCCGCCUUAAAUUCCCUGCAAGGAUUCUUUAUAUUCUUGUUCCACUGUAUCCAAAACGAAAAGGUCCGGAAGGAGUACCGUAAGUUCAUAAGAAGGCAGUCUUGGCUACCGAAGUGUUUGCGUUGCUCGAAACCGAGCGGCGGCGCCAGCAGCAGCAGCGGCAGCUCUGGGAUGGCAAAAGAGCGCAGGACGAGCCUGUACGGUGGCUCGAACGGCAACCAAUCGGGAGGCACCAAUUCCCACUCGACAGACAAUUCCGUUCUCUCGCCGCAUGGAACUAGUUUACAGCGCGGCUGGAACUCCCGGAGUUGUACCAAUGUCAAUCGAAUUUGCAAAACUCCUGUGCCCACAUCUACUUCGGGCAACAUGGCUGCUACUCUGUCACGCCCGAUUCGGGCUACAGCUACAAACCCUUCUCCUGAUAUGGAACCUAAUACUUCUACACUCCCUUACAUUCGUAAUUUUUAUAAAAACUCUACUAACAACCCUAACAUACCUAAAUCGGUCUCUACCUGGGGUCCUCUACAUAAACCCCUACACUGGAAGAACAUUUCUUUUAAGUCGUGUAGCCGAGACUCAGGUCACGGAGGUUCAGAGCAAGAAGAUUCCCCUAGGUCGCACAUGGUAGUGACGGAUCCCGGCCACCACCUCCAAUGUAAUACCAAAGAUGCUAGACAUCAGGCGGCCCUCCAAGCGAAUCAGGAUUUCAUAGACUACGGACUGAGACUUGAACCGAACAUACAACCGAAACACCUACCGCUACCCCAAACAUUACACGGAACGGGAAGAAAAAAAAAUGGGGGCACCUUGAAGCCGAGUCACUGGGGUCAUCACACUUACACCGAAAUAUACGACGCUCAAACCCCGAGGGGGCUCGUCCCGGAAGACGACCCAGUGUACGAGGAAAUAGACAGGAACGAGAUUCAAGUCUCGGAUAUGAGCGACGAAGACGGUAAGAGGCAAAGCGACAUGAGCAGGCAAUCGUCCCGAUCCUACGGGGACCACCGUCCUCUGAUUCCGUAUAGUCCAGGAAAUGACCGAAGUUUUCUCGAAGCGAUGAGCAACAAGCACUAUGCCAAAGAUAUGAACCACUGCAACAGCAACAUGGACACAUAUCGCAGACGCAACAUGUCUUAUCGCGCUGGUAUCGGAGACGCCGCCGCGGUCCGCUCCCUGGCAGCCGUGUUGGAUGGUGAAACGGUUGUGUGUCACUUAGAACCUCCCGAAUUGUAUCCAAGCGAUGCGUACUUGUCUCGAACUUUAGUCCUUCCCCCGUAUAGUGAGAGUUAGGAAACUGCCAUUGCAAGUGAAUAUCUGUGAUUACCACAUGAUCAGACUUUAAGGUCAUAUUUAAAUAAUUAACUUAGUAAAGCUCAGCUUGUAUGAAUGAAGGAAAGUGAUAAUUUUAUAAUAAUCAACUAUUUUAUAAAGAGUAUUUCUGUGAAUAAAAUGUCUUAGUUGUGAGUUAUUCCAGUCACUUGUUAAUAUUUUCUCGACAUUUUUAAAUAGUUGCAAUAAAUUUUUGUUAUACUCUGUACUAUUAAGUAAUCAUGUGACAUCUGUAUACCUUAUAUAUUAUGAAUGCUUGCUGUAAAAGUGUUCUCUCGCAGGAAUGACGAAAUACUUGUUCGUAAAGCCGCUUUGGAAAUUCAACCAUGUUUUUAAUCGCGGCUUUACGAAAUUUAUUUUUCUCCACCUGUAUAAAACUAUUCCUUCCAUUUAUUUACAAAUACCACAAUCGUGAUACGUUGUUUUUACUUAUUUUAAUAGGGGGAUUCCAGACCCUAAACUCCCAGUAAAAUUUUUCAGCGUUUUUAUUUAUUUGUAAUUAUUUAUGUAAAAUUUUAUUGGGUUCGACAGUUUGUAGUGCUUUUAAGUUGUAACUUAGCAAGCACAACGUAUGUAAAUAUAGGAAUAAAGUUUCUCAUAAUAAUUAAAGAAACUUUGGCAGUUUUAAUUUUGUAUUUUAAUUCAUACUCAGGAUAUACUUUUUCAAUGGUCCCCUUUCAUGUCAGAGCUCAGAAAAUCUCUACGGUCGCCAGUUUUCAACAAAUAUGAAAUACAUUCAUUAGCAAAGCAACAACUUUGGGUAAGUAAGUAGUUAAAUUACUUAAAAAUUCUUCGACUCCGAACAUGGGAACGUUUCUUACGAACGUGGGUCGGACACGGAAACCAUUCGAUUUUACUAAAUGUCAAAUGUAUCGUGAUGUUUAGAUUGAAAUUACGUAAACGUAUGCCUCUGGUUUAGAUCCACGUUCGCAAUAAAACCCGCUUCACUUUUUCGUAGAAAUUAAGAUCAAAAUCGUUCGAUUCCGAACCGAACUGCUUUAUCAAACUAGUUGCUUGCCCAACUUAUGUGGAGUUUUCUGAUGCCGUAAAUGUGAAUCGAUUCCUGUGUGUUGUUCAUAAAGUUCUAACCACCAAUUAGGAAAUGUUUGAAUAACCUAUGAAUACCCUAAUUAUUAGAGUUGUAAACUCAGUGUUUUUUAGGUUAUAUCAAUUGAUAAAUGGCACGUUCGCAUUUAUUUCGACAGUUUUCAGAUUAUAGCCACUUAUGUAUUUUGUUCAACUGUAUAUAUUGUAUAGUGCUUUGUACAUGAUCAUUCUUGAAUGGACUUAGGUUUAUAAAGUAAAUUGUUAUUCUUGCUAUGUCCCUUAACGCAUAGCCAAAAUAAACAAUACACAAUUAUAUACAGAUAUUUAAUUUUAACGUAAAUCCAGAAGUUUGUCCAAUAAAAUUCAU